UAUUUAAAUAAAUAUUUAUUAAAAUUGAGUAUUUUUCUUAGUGCCGAGUUUGAAUGACUAAAUUCAUUCAUAGUUUUUAUCGCGCCCAUUUCGAUACUCUCGAUUGUUCUCGCGGCGCUAAGCGGAAGCAAAAAGCCGGAGGAGCAUUCAAUUGUUGAUGCGCAAAAAGAACGGCGAAUUCGCGUGUGACAUUUGCGACCAUUUGAGAGGGUCGUUCCGGUUUUCCAGUUAGGCUGUGAGAAUCUUGACGACAAUGAGUUAUUUUGUAAGCAAUGACUGGGGCAAGGGCCGAUAUCAGGAACUGAGUGAUUCGCGUGUACGUGGCCCAGCUUUUCGUUCUAUAUUCUGCUGCAUUGCAUUGGGUCUAUGCUCGACGCUGUUGAUUCUCUCAUUAUGGAGCUCCAAUAUCCAAGUUCCAAUCCGCCUCUAUAUAUUUCAUUUUGACAGACAGCAGCCUGUAUUACACAUCGUUUCCGACAAGUUCUUGUCGUUCGGUCUCGACACAUCCUUACUUCGAAGAAUGAAUGAGUUACCUGUUGGACAACAGAAAUUUAUCAAUUUGGCCCAUCACUUAAGUCCUGCUUAUGUCAGAGUGGGUGGAACCUCUGCGGAUUGUCUGACAUUUGUUCAGGAUCAGAUGGAACAAAAUUCGUCCGAGAAGAUUUUUAGUCCUGUGGAUGGCCAGGAUAUUAGCAACUUUACUAUCUCCGGCGAAGAUUUGCUUGCUAUCUAUGAUUUUACGGUGAAGUCAGAGUUACGAAUGAUCUUUGAUCUAAAUGUAUUGCUCAGAAAUCCAAAUGGAUCUUGGAAUAACAGCAACGCACAAAAGAUUAUCGCAUUCACUAAGAAUCAAGGCAUGACGUUAGAUUGGCAAUUGGGAAAUGAACCAAAUUCCUUUAAACACGUGUUCAAUGUGACAAUUCCUGCGACCGAACUUGCGAAGGAUUACGAUCAUUUAAGGCAAUUGUUAAACGAAGCAGGAUAUGUCGACAGCAUUCUCGUUGGACCAGAAGUUAAUCACGUCGGAGAUUCUAAUGAAAUGGGAGAGCUAUAUGUCAAGGUAUUUUUGAGUAGCCAGAAGAAUACUGUGAAUUAUGUCACUUGGCAUCAGUAUUAUCUGAAUGGACGAGAGGCUAAAGUCAAUGAUUUCGUGGCACCUUCCACAUUCAACUGGUUACCAGCGCAAAUCAAUUCCAUGAGACAAUUUAUUGCCGAGUCGGGGAAAGAUAUUUCUAUGUGGCUGUCUGAGACCAGCACUGCAUUUGGCGGAGGUGCACCCGAAUUGUCCGAUAGAUUCGUAGCCGGAUUUUUAUGGUUGGAUAAAUUGGGAUACAGCGCUAGCGCGGGAUUAGACGUCGUUACAAGACAAUCAUUAUUCGGCGGGAAUUAUGCUAUGGUAUCACCGAAUCUCACACCCAAUCCUGACUGGUGGGUCAGCGUCUUUUACAAGCAAUUUGUUUCGGAAAAGGUUUUGAAAUUGUCGAGGCCCGAUAAUUUUGGCUGCGUACGAUUGUAUGCGCAUUGCACGUCGAAAAAUGCGUUAAUUUCCAGAGUACCGGCUGUCACAGUCUACGGAAUGAAUAUAGACAAAACUGCGGCCUACGUACAUAUUCCGGAAUUGUUUGUCCAAAACAGUAAAACCAUGAUUUCGUAUUAUUCUCUAACCGCUGAUCAUUUGCAAUCGAGCGAGAUAAAGUUGAACGGCGAAGCUGAGGCGUUAAAACUGCGACCGAAUGGUGAUUUGCCGCCGUUUCGACCUGUGAUAUUAAAUCCUGCGAAUCCCGUAUUAUUACCACCAUAUUCUAUGGUGUUUAUGAUAAUUCAUGGUACCAAUGUUCUUGCAUGUUCGGCAUGAAUAAGUUUUUAAAAAAGGCGACAAAUCGAUUUUACAGGACGUUUAUAUUGUAUAUAUUUCUUAUACAUUAUAUUAAACAUUUAUUAUAACUUAUGUUACAUAUUUUUUUACAAACUCUUAUUAACAAGGAAGCUUAUAUAGACAUCAGAACUGUUUAUAGAAGGCGCGAGGCCAUAGUAGAAAUUUAUUUGUCUACCGUAUAACAGUUCUCAAUUUACAAUCUGCUUUUUUCUAUCAUUUCUGAUAUAAUGUACAUUGCCUGUUACAAAUAGUAACAGACAAUAACAUUGUAUGUAGCUGUAUGUAAUUUGGCUAUACAAUUUCUUUUUCUAUUGCGUAUUAUAUAAUAUAUUCUUGUGUUUAAAAGAACACUUAUUGUUCGUAUUUUUAUUUAAUAUAUAUUGUGCUACCUUCAUUCGAAGGAUUUUUUAUCCUUUUCAUAAAGACUGAAUACUAAAAUAACAGUUCAUAACCAUUGUAUCAUACAAACAACAAACUCACAAUAGCGAACAAUUAUAAAUAUCGAAAGUAUAAUAAUAUUGUACAAAGGAAUGAUAUUUAUACAUCGAGCGAAAGUUCAUAAUGAAAGUUCGUAAUGAGACUAGUAUUAUCAUCACUACUCAAUACUUUCUUGAUUUUUGUGAAAACAUGUGACACUCAAAUUAGAGACAUUAAACGUUCAAGACAACAAUCAUCAUCGUGAACAAUCGACAUGAUCUUAUCUGAUAAUAGAUUUCGCACGAAUAUUCAAUACUUACAAUUACAUUAUAAGUUUCAUUAUUAUUAU